ACAAUAGAGUUUGGAAGAUAAAAUUAAAAACCAAUCCAAACAAGUAAAGUUAUUCACUUUUCACCACACAUUUUGAAAAAUUAGACCAAAAGAAGAAGAAGAGGAGAGAGAGAGAGAGAGAGGAGAAGUUAACUAAGCCACAAGUUUUUGGAUGGGCCUAGCUUAGAAUCCAAUAAAAAUUACAAGGCCGGCCCUUAAACAAGAAAAGUACGCCACGUGUCGAUCCGUUAGGGACACGUUUUUAAAUACAGUUUUCAAAGUAAGAAAGAAAGAAAGAAAGAAAGGAAGACUAGUCAUUUUCAUGGCACCACCACCAUGACCACAGAGCAUCACCACACCACCACCACCCACACCACCCAGUGAGAACCUCUCUCUCUCUCUCACUUUAUCUAUCUAACCCUUGAAUUAUUGGGAUUCGAUUGAUUUUUUUGUUCUUUUGAGUCUCAUCUCAUGUUGGUAGCAUAGUUAGUAGUGAAGAGAUAUUGAAGCUCUGGUUUUGGGUCGGAAAUGGCGGCGUUGGAGUCUUUCUCGAAGAGAUUGAUAGAGGAAGUACAGAAAUGGGGUUGCAUGAAACAGACAGGGGUUAGUUUGAGGUACAUGAUGGAAUUUGGGUCAAAACCCACUCAAAGAAAUUUGCUAAUCUCUGCUCAAUUUCUACACAAGGAGCUUCCCAUUCGGAUUGCUAGGCGAGCUAUUGAGCUUGAUACUCUUCCUUAUGGUCUUUCUCAUAAGCCUGCUGUUUUGAAGGUUCGAGAUUGGUACUUGGAUUCGUUCCGUGAUCUGAGAUCUUUUCCGGAGAUAAAAGAUGCAAAUGACGAAAGGGAUUUUACACAAAUGAUUAAAGCCAUCAAAGUGAGACACAAUAAUGUGGUUCCUAUGAUGGCUUUGGGUGUUCAACAGUUGAAGAAAGAAAUCUCUAUUCCUACUCGGACUCUUAAUCAAGAUAUUCAUGAGAUUCAUCAAUUUCUUGAUCGCUUUUACAUGUCAAGAAUUGGGAUUCGAAUGCUCAUUGGUCAGCAUGUAGAAUUGCACAAUCCGAAUCCACCACCUCAUUGUGUGGGUUAUAUUAACACAAGAAUGUCUCCUGUUGAGGUUGCACAGCAAGCCAGUGAAGAUGCCCGUUGCAUAUGCCUACGUGAGUAUGGCUCUGCUCCUGAUGUUAACAUCUAUGGAGAUCCUGAUUUUACUUUCCCCUAUGUCCCGGCACACUUGCAUCUUAUGGUGUUUGAGUUGGUCAAGAACUCAUUGCGUGCAGUCCAAGAACGCUUCUUGGACUCAGACAAACUUCCACCUCCCAUUAGAAUUAUAGUUGCAGAUGGAAUUGAGGAUGUUACUAUUAAGGUCUCAGAUGAAGGGGGUGGCAUUCCCAGAAGUGGUCUCCCCAAAAUCUUCACUUAUCUUUACAGUACUGCUAAAAACCCUCUGGACGAGCAUGCUGAUCUCGGGAUGGCUGAUACAGUGGUCACCAUGGCUGGAUAUGGAUAUGGGCUCCCUAUAAGUCGCUUGUAUGCUCGAUAUUUUGGAGGAGAUUUGCAGAUUAUCUCCAUGGAAGGAUAUGGAACUGAUGCAUAUCUUCACCUUUCUCGCUUGGGAGAUUCACAGGAACCUUUGCCAUAAGUAAGCAAGUACUCUCCAUACAUAAAAAUGUAAUUGUGAAAAGGGUUCUUUUUAUUUGCUUGUCAUUUGUUGAUUCUGGUAAUUUAGAAAAGAGAGAGAGAGAAAAAAGAAAGAGCAGUUGUGAAUAUUCUUUAUGUGCUCUUCACAAAAGUGUAUGAUGAACAUACUAUUUAUUUACUUCUCAACCAAUUGCAAAAAGACAAUUU